AGGACCACUACUACUUUACACGUGCAAUAGUGGUUAAUCUAUUGCAACUCUAAAGCAUUUCUCGACCUUCAACUCCAGCGCUUGCUGCUCUUUCCGUGAAUAUCUGAUACUUGCCAGCGACAAUGCAGCUUACGCGGAUGCGGGUCGCUCAUACUAACCUGCGUCAUGCUCAAACAGCUGCGCCUAAGCCCAUCCUGCCUUCUGGUAUUAUCGGGAGAAAGGCUGUGGUCGUUCGAGCCCAGCAGGAGGCGCAAGUAAAUGUCAGCGCAGCAAGCAAGCGCGAUUUCCUGCGCAACGCGGUUGCCGCUGCCGCUGCGACCUUGGUGCCGGCCCUGGCAGCAAAGGCCGAUGACGCAAAUGGAGUGGCAUCGUCGCGCAUGUCCUACUCGCGCUUUCUGGAGUACCUGGAGAUGGGUCGCGUGAAGAAGGUGGACCUGUACGAGAAUGGCACCAUUGCCAUCGUGGAGGCCGUUUCUCCGGAGCUGGGAAACCGCGUGCAGCGUGUUCGCGUUCAGCUGCCCGGCACCUCUACUGAGCUGCUUGGCAAGUUCCGCGAGAAGAAGAUUGACUUUGCCGCACAUGCCAACACGGAGGAUGGAGGCGCGGUGUUCCUAAACCUGCUGGGCAACCUGGCCUUCCCGCUCCUCCUCGUCGCCGGCCUCUUCCUGCUCUCCCGUCAGAGCCAGGGCGGCAUGGGCGGCCCCGGCAACCCCAACAACCCGCUAAACUUCGGCAAGAGCCGCGCUCGCUUCCAAAUGGAGGCCAGCACGGGCGUCACCUUCAGCGAUGUGGCGGGGGUGGACGAGGCAAAGCAGGACUUCAUGGAGAUUGUUGAGUUCCUGAAGCGCCCCGAGCGCUUCACCGCAGUGGGCGCCAAGAUCCCCAAGGGCUGCCUGCUGGUGGGUCCCCCCGGCACGGGUAAGACGCUGCUGGCCAAGGCGAUCGCGGGCGAGGCGGGUGUGCCCUUCUUCAGCGUAUCGGGAUCCGAGUUCGUGGAGAUGUUUGUGGGCGUGGGAGCUUCCCGCGUGCGCGACCUGUUCAAGAAGGCCAAGGAGAACGCGCCCUGCCUGGUGUUCAUCGACGAGAUCGACGCGGUGGGUCGCUCCCGAGGCACCGGCAUCGGAGGCACCAACGACGAGCGCGAGCAGACUCUCAACCAGAUGCUGACGGAGAUGGACGGCUUCGAGGGCAACACGGGCAUCAUCGUCAUCGCGGCAACCAACCGGGCUGACAUCUUGGACCCUGCGCUGCUGCGACCGGGGCGAUUCGACCGACAGGUCACGGUUGACCUGCCCGAUCAGAAGGGCCGGCUGGAGAUCCUGCGGGUUCACUCGCGCAACAAGAAGCUGAGCGAGGAUGUGGACCUGCAGGAGGUGGCGAUGCGCACGCCCGGGUUCGCGGGGGCCAACCUAAUGAACCUGCUGAACGAGGCGGCCAUUCUGGCGGGCAGGAGGGGGCUCAAGGCCAUCACCAACAAGGAGAUCGACGAUGCUAUCGACCGCAUCGUGGCGGGCCUGGAGGGCAAGCCUCUUGUAGACGGAAAGGCCAAGGCACUGGUGGCCUACCACGAAGUGGGUCAUGCCAUCUGCGGCACCCUGCAGCCGGGACACGACCCAGUGCAGAAGGUUACGCUGGUGCCGCGCGGUCAGGCGCGAGGACUGACUUGGUUCAUCCCCGGCGAGGAUCCCACUUUGGUCAGCCGCAGCCAGAUCUUUGCGCGGAUUGUGGGCGCGUUGGGCGGGCGAGCGGCGGAGGAGGUGGUGUUUGGGGAUGCGGAGGUGACGAGCGGAGCGGCGGGGGACCUGCAGCAGGUGUCCGGCAUGGCCCGUCAGAUGGUGAUCAACUACGGCAUGUCCAACAUCGGCCCCUGGAGCCUGAUGGACCCCUCCGCCUCCUCCGGCGACAUGAUCAUGCGCAUGCUGAGUCGCAACAGCAUGAGCGAGAACCUGCAGCAGCGCAUUGACAACCAGGUCCGCACCAUCGCCGACCAGGCCUACGAGGUGGCCCUGCGCCUCCUCUCCGACAACCGCGAGGCCAUGGAUCGCAUAGUGGAGGCACUGCUGGAGAAGGAGACGCUCACGGGCGACGAGUUCCGGUCCAUGCUGGCGGAGUACGCGACCAUUCCCGAGGAGAACGUGAAGGCGGUGGAGGCGCAGCGGAAGCCCAGCUUGGCGGCCGCGAUGACUAAGAUGUAAGGAAUUAGUGGAGGGAGGGAAGGAGGGGGGGGGCCUGGGUUCGAUAAACUCAGCUGCGGAAACACGGAUGUGGGUGCUGGUAGUGGAGCGGUGGAGCAGGGUGAGAGGAGGGGAGUGGAGGACGCGGUGCAGUGCUGAGCUGUGAGGCGGAGGUGUGAGGUACACGGAUUUGGAGUUGGAGAGGGCUGGAGGAGGAGGAGGAGGAGGGGGAGGAGGAGUGUGUUGGUUGCAAGGUUGCAGGAAGAGGGCUGCAGCAUUGUUACUUUGUUGGCUAGGAAGUUGAGGACGGAACGACGACCGGUGGAAGAGGCGUGCGGGAAUUUAGGUGGGUAGCUGUUGUUGUUGCUUUCAACAGGAGGUUUGCGCAAACUGGUUGCCGUACCAUUCAGUUAUAUCGAUUGCUUGUGGUACGACGGAAUCCGCAGGGCGGGGUUGGUAGGUGUGUGUAUAGUGGAUGUAAUCCGUGGAAAGUGUGUUUUAGGGGGCACUUUGACGGAUCCUCCCCGCUUGCGCAUGUACACCUUGCUGAGAGUCGGGCAAACAUUGUUUGCUUGCACGCUUUCAUGUGGAUUAGCGUCGGGCAUGGCUGUUGUGUACGACGGCCUGUCUUAAACGUGUUUCCUAUGCAUAUGUGUGUUUGUGUUUCCAUGUGUGCGUGUGUGUCAACAGGCGUUGUAUUUUGUACGGAUGAGGAGUCUCCUGAACUGCACUGAAAACAGACAAGUCGCAUGACAUUAUACCCCUCUAUGGUUUACCUUUCCACGUUGCAAGCGCGUGUGGUUUUGUUAGGAGGUUGCUUCCCGAAGAGGUCGUUGGUGGUUGGGCGUUGUUGGUUGCGCCUGGGGACGAAGACCUGACGGUGUAGGUAGAAGAGUGUGUGCACAAUUCGAACUUGCAACUCCGAUAUAUUGUAUUGGGAGUUCUUUCCUUUCAGCGAAGGAAGGAAUGUGAGCGAGAGACACGCAAGGUGAGACGAGGCUCUUAUAUUCGUCGUCCCUGUAUUAUGUAUGAUGAUCACAUGGUGCACGAGUUGAAGGCAGAGGGAGAAGAAUGGGAGAUAGAAAGGAGGGGUGAACAAUUCUUGUGCGCACUUUUUAAGUGCACGUUUCGUGAUGAUGCGUACAGGCGUGCACGAAUGUGUAUGGGGCAGAGACGCAACUCUUGUCCCAACGGUACAUACCCUGCGCUUAUUCCAGGCGCAAUUGUAACCUUUAGUCCACCA